AUGUGUACAAUUUUCAUUUCGUCACCAACCCCUUUGAGGUGCGCUUUUCAUGAUGAGGCAAGAAAUUCACAGACCUGUACCGAAAGUAUACAUGUGGAAACAACUUCAGUCCAACCGCUGUCUGACAUACAAGCGCUAUUCACCUCCAUUUGUUCCUGA